GCCAGUCCCGACCAGAUCAUGGCGGUCUCUGUUACAAAGAAGGAAACUCCACUCCCGGACAAAGGUCAGCGUGCAGAAACGCGCGUAGGAGUGGCGCCAUCCCUGUCUCUGCCCCUUACUUUCUUGUGGGUAUUGGUUUAUUUAUCACAACUGCCAGCAAUAUUUCUGCCAAAUACCCACUAGAUGUCACACCUGCCGGCUGGACAUUCUCCAUAUGGUCCGUAAUAUAUAUCUGGAACGGACUGUGGAUUGUCUAUGUGGUUUCUACUCUGUUCAGAAGCAAUAAUGGAAGUCGCAUAUACCUCAGACCAGAAAUUCACCCACCGGAAUUUUUUGUUUUGUGGAUACUGAACAACAUUAUUAAUAUUGGCUGGCUCUUCUUAUGGGACAGAGAGCUUCUUAUAUUCGCUAAUGUCUUCCUAGCUUUAAUACCAUUUACCAUCAUCCUUAUGCUUCGCAUAUCAUACAGAAAUUGUUACCGCCAUGCAGACUGGAUGUCACAAAAUCAGCGUUUCGAUUUGUGGUGCAUCAGAAUAUUGGUACAUAAUGGACUUGCCACAUACGCCACAUGGACUUCCAUUGCUACUAUUGUUAAUCUUGGCCUUGUGCUGAAGUAUAACUCGCUCCAUGUAGUGGAACCUUAUGUCAGCAGCAUUGUUCUUGGCCUUAUAUUGUUUGCUCUCUUGUUCUGGUUCUCGAUGGAAACAUUUAUCUUUGAAAAGUAUGUGCGCUACACAGUAACCAUUUACCCAGUAGCUAUUGUUGCUUCAGUUGGCAUAUUUCUCGGAGUGGAUGAGACUACAGAAUUCUCUGACAAUGAAAUGAUGAAUGCUGUGAUCAUUGCUGUGUGCUCUGUAGCCUGUCUGUUGCGGUUUGUUCUAAUCUUCCUGUGCGAUAAAUUAAGACCAAUGAUAGCAGAAGAGGAGAAAAAAGAUCAUUUAAAGGAAGAGGAGAAAAAAGAUCAUUUAAAGGAAUCCAAACUUGCUUCAUCACCAUCAUUACAAACCAAUGGUCACACCAACCCAUUAGUUAUGGAAAUGGAGGAACUGUGAGAUGUCAGUAUUACACGCCAGUAACUUGCUUUGUGCAUCUAUUUAUAUUAUAGUUAUACUGAACAUUUAGUUUAUGAUAAUAAUGGAGGGUGGUAACAGAUAGCGGUCGCUUGCCAAAAAAGAUCCAAAUGUGUUUUGCUAUUGUGAUCAAUGAAAA